AUGGCGCGGGCGCGGGCGGCGGGCUCGCGGGGCCGGCCCGGGUGGUGCGGGCGGGGCGCGCUGCUGGUCUGCGUCGCGUGGACCGCGGGUUGGGUGCUGGCGGCCGCGCUGCUGCUCCGCGCGCACCCGGGCGUCCUCUCCGAGCGCUGCACCGACGAGAAGAGCCGGCGCAUCCUGGCCGCGCUGUGCCAGGACUACCGGGGCGGUGCACUCGGGGGAGACCUGUGCGAGGACCUGUGCGUGGCGGGGCAGCUACGGUACCGGCGCUGCCUGUACUACGAGCGGGGCAAGAAGGUGCUGCAGGCUGACUGGCGCGGCCGGCCCGUGGUCCUCAAGUCCAAGGAGGAAGCCUUCUCCAGCUUCCCGCCGUUCGGCCUCCUGGACGGCCGGCCCGAGGCCGGCGGCCAGGGCUUCCCAGAGGCAGAGCUCCUCCUGCUGGCGGCCGGGGAGGUCAAGAGCGCACUGGGCCUGGAGCUGGCGGAGGGCGGCCUGGGGCGGCUGGGCCUGGGGCGGCGGGGGCCCCGGCUGCGCAGUCAGCUGGCCAGCCUGUGGGCGCUGCUGCAGCAGGAGGAGUUCGUCCUGCUCAGCCUGCUGCGGGGCCGCAGCCCGCACGCGCCGCCCGUGCUGGGCUCCUGCGGCCACUUCUACGCCGUGGAGCACCUGGCCGCGGGCAGCCCCCGCCUCCGGGCCCUCUUCCCCCUGGACGGUGCGGCCCGCGGAGGCCGGGCCCAGGCGCGUGCGCUCAGCGGCGUGGCGCUCAGCUUCCUGGACAUGGUCCGCCACUUCGAGCACGACUUCUCGCACCGCCUGCACCUCUGCGACGUCAAGCCCGAGAACUUUGCCAUCAGGAGCGACUUCACGGUGGUGGCUAUUGAUGUGGACAUGGCCUUUUUUGAACCUAAAAUGAAGGAAAUUCUUGAGCAGAACUGCACGGGAGAUGAAGACUGCAAUUUCUUUGACUGUUUUUCAAAGUGUGAUUUGCGAGCGCACAGGUGUGGAGCUCAGAGAACCAACAGCAACCUGCAGGUCGUCUGCGACAAGAUCCUCCGCCACUGGUUCUCCUCGCCCCGCGGCAGCCCCGCCGUCUCGGCCCCGCUGCGGCGGCAGCUGCGGGCGACGGUGCUCGAGUGCGCGGCCCCGGGGGCCCAGAGCGCAGCGCCCCGCGUGCUCGCGAAGCUGCGGCGCCUGCUCCAGGCCGCGCUGCAGGAGCUGCGGGAGGACGAGUAG